UUCGGCUCGCGGUUGCCUCCUUUUCCGCGUGAGAUGGGAGGAGAUCGCGCUAUCCAUCAAGUUUGCCGAAGCAAAAAUUGACCGCCAUAGGACAAAUCGAACUCCAAAAACGAACUCGAAGCAGGAAUUCGAUUGGAUUCUUUCUCUCCGUCGCUGAAAGCCCCAAUUUUUUGAUCAAAACCCUAGUGUUUUCCCCUCUUCUGCAGUCAUGGACACGCGAUUCCCGUUCUCACCGGCCGAGGUCGCCAAGGUCCGCACCGUCCAGUUCGGCAUCCUCAGCCCCGACGAGAUCCGGCAAAUGUCGGUGGUGCAGAUCGAGCACGGAGAGACGAUGGAGCGGGGCAAGCCGAAGCCAGCAGGGCUCAGCGACCCGCGGCUCGGCACCAUCGACCGGAAGAUGAAGUGCGAGACUUGCAUGGCUAACAUGGCGGAGUGCCCCGGUCACUUUGGUCACCUCGAGCUCGCCAAACCCAUGUUCCAUAUCGGGUUCCUCAAGACGGUGCUUGCUAUUAUGCGUUGCGUCUGCUUCAAUUGCUCCAAGAUCCUUGCUGAUGAGGAGGAUACCAGGUUCAAGCAAGCUUUGAAAAUUAGGAACCCAAAAAAUAGGUUGAAGAGAAUAUAUGAUGCCUGUAAAAGCAAGAAGAAAUGUUCUGGUGGUGAUGACAUUGAUGUCCAGGGUCAACAAGACUCAGAAGAACCAAUGAAGAAGAGCAGGGGUGGAUGUGGUGCUCAGCAGCCAAACAUUACCAUAGAUGGAAUGAAAAUGGUUGCAGAAUAUAAAGCUCCAAAAAAGAAAUCUGAUGAACAAGAGCAGCUUCCUGAACCUGCUGAGAGAAAACAAAUUCUUUCUGCUGAGAGGGUUCUUAGUGUUCUAAAGAGGAUAAGCGAUGAGGACUGUUUGCUAUUGGGUUUAAAUCCCAAAUAUGCCCGCCCUGAUUGGAUGAUAUUGCAAGUUCUUCCAAUUCCUCCACCUCCUGUAAGACCUUCUGUGAUGAUGGAUACUUCUUCGAGGAGUGAGGAUGAUUUGACACAUCAAUUGGCAAUGAUAAUUAGGCACAAUGAGAAUUUGAGGAGGCAAGAGAGGAAUGGAGCUCCAGCUCACAUUAUUUCAGAAUUUGCUCAAUUAUUGCAAUUUCACAUUGCCACAUAUUUUGAUAAUGAGCUUCCUGGUCAGCCUAGGGCUACACAGCGGUCAGGACGGCCCAUUAAAUCUAUAUGCAGUAGACUAAAGGCUAAAGAAGGCCGAAUUAGAGGUAACUUGAUGGGAAAGCGUGUUGAUUUUUCAGCACGAACAGUUAUUACACCUGACCCUACAAUCAACAUUGAUGAACUCGGAGUUCCUUGGAGCAUAGCUUUGAAUCUUACGUACCCAGAGACCGUAACCCCAUACAAUAUUGAGAGAUUAAAAGAACUUGUGGAAUAUGGGCCUCAUCCUCCUCCUGGAAAAACCGGUGCAAAAUAUAUCAUACGAGAAGAUGGUCAAAGGCUUGAUCUUCGAUACUUGAAAAAAAGCAGUGAUCACCAUUUGGAGCUUGGAUACAAGGUCGAGCGCCAUUUGUGUGAUGGUGACUUUGUUCUUUUCAACCGGCAGCCCAGUCUCCACAAAAUGUCCAUCAUGGGGCACAAGAUAAAAAUUAUGCCUUACUCAACUUUUCGCUUAAAUCUAUCUGUAACAUCUCCGUAUAAUGCUGAUUUUGAUGGUGAUGAGAUGAACAUGCAUGUUCCCCAAUCUUUUGAAACCAGAGCAGAAGUCAUAGAGCUAAUGAUGGUACCAAAGUGUAUUGUUUCACCUCAGUCAAAUCGCCCUGUUAUGGGUAUUGUCCAGGAUACCCUUCUGGGAUGUCGCAAGAUUACCAAAAGGGAUACAUUUAUAGAAAAGGAUGUCUUUAUGAACAUCUUGAUGUGGUGGGAAGACUUUGAUGGAAAGGUACCUGCUCCUGCUAUAUUGAAACCUAGGCCAUUGUGGACUGGAAAACAAGUUUUCAACCUGAUCAUCCCAAAGCAAAUAAACUUAAUAAGAUUUUCAGCAUGGCAUUCAGAAUCAGAAACUGGUUUCAUUACUCCAGGUGACACUCUAGUUCGAAUUGAGAAGGGUGAACUUCUUUCAGGCACCCUUUGCAAAAAAACUCUAGGAACAUCUACUGGAAGUCUUAUUCAUGUCAUCUGGGAAGAAGUUGGCCCAGAUGCAGCUCGCAAAUUUUUGGGGCACACACAGUGGCUUGUGAACUAUUGGCUGUUACAGAAUGCUUUUAGUAUUGGAAUUGGAGACACAAUUGCCGAUGCAGCAACAAUGGAGAAAAUCAAUGAAACAAUCUCAAAAGCUAAAAAUGACGUGAAAGAUCUUAUCAAGCUUGCACAGGAGAAGCAAUUGGAAGCUGAACCUGGGCGAACCAUGAUGGACUCGUUCGAAAAUAGAGUAAAUCAGGUACUGAAUAAGGCUCGUGAUGAUGCGGGUAGUAGUGCCCAGAAGAGCUUAUCCGAAAGUAACAACUUAAAGGCCAUGGUUACUGCUGGAUCAAAAGGUAGUUUUAUCAAUAUCUCACAGAUGACUGCCUGUGUGGGGCAGCAGAAUGUUGAGGGCAAACGAAUACCCUUUGGUUUCAUUGAUCGAACAUUGCCUCAUUUCACUAAAGACGAUUAUGGGCCUGAAAGUCGUGGUUUUGUGGAGAAUUCAUACCUUCGUGGGUUGACACCACAAGAGUUCUUUUUUCAUGCCAUGGGUGGUAGGGAAGGUUUGAUUGAUACUGCUGUCAAGACUUCUGAGACGGGCUACAUCCAACGUCGUCUUGUAAAGGCUAUGGAAGACAUAAUGGUUAAAUAUGAUGGUACUGUCAGAAAUUCUCUGGGGGAUGUUAUUCAGUUCUUAUAUGGAGAAGAUGGUAUGGAUGCUGUUUGGAUUGAGUACCAGAAAUUUGAUUCGUUGAAGAUGAAAAAGGGCGAGUUUGAUAGUGUUUUCAGGUAUGAGAUCGAUGAUGACAACUGGAAUCCUAGCUACUUACAACCUGAGCAUGUUGAGGAUUUGAAAACUAUCCGUGAGUUUAGAAAUGUGUUUGAUGCAGAGGUUCAGAAACUAGAAGCUGACCGUUACCAGCUUGGCACUGAGAUUGCUACUACUGGUGAUAUCUCAAUUCCUAUGCCUGUGAAUCUCAAGAGACUUAUCUGGAAUGCACAAAAGACAUUCAAGAUUGAUCUGAGAAGGCCAUCUGACAUGCACCCAAUGGAGAUUGUGGAAGCUAUUGAUAAGCUUCAAGAAAGGCUCAAAGUGGUUCCUGGUGAUGAUUUUUUGAGCAUGGAGGCUCAAAAAAAUGCUACUUUAUUAUUCAAUAUCCUUCUUCGUAGUUCAUUUGCUAGCAAACGGGUUAUGAAGGAGUAUAGGCUCACUCGUGAGGCAUUUGAAUGGGUUAUUGGUGAAAUUGAAUCUCGUUUUCUGCAGUCACUGGUAGCUCCAGGUGAAAUGAUUGGCUGUGUAGCUGCCCAGUCUAUUGGAGAGCCAGCUACACAGAUGACCUUAAAUACCUUCCAUUAUGCUGGUGUGAGUGCCAAGAAUGUCACUCUUGGAGUUCCCAGGUUGAGGGAAAUUAUUAAUGUUGCUAAGAAGAUUAAAACUCCUUCUCUUUCUGUUUAUUUGAAGCCUGGGGUUAAUAAAAAGAAAGAACUGGCUAAGAAUGUACAAUGUGCAUUGGAAUACACAACACUGCGAAGUGUUACACAUGCCACUGAAAUAUGGUAUGAUCCUGACCCUAUGAGUACCAUUAUUGAGGAAGAUGUGGAAUUUGUCAAGUCAUAUUAUGAAAUGCCAGAUGAGGAUAUUGCUCCUGAAAAGAUAUCUCCUUGGCUGCUUCGUAUUGAACUGAAUCGCGAGAUGAUGGUUGACAAGAAGUUGAGCAUGGCAGACAUUGCAGAGAAGAUCAAUCAUGAGUUUGAUGAUGAUUUGACAUGCAUCUUUAAUGAUGAUAAUGCAGACAAGCUCAUCCUCCGUAUUCGUAUCAUGAAUGAUGAUGCGCCUAAAGGUGAAUUACAAGACGAAUCUGCGGAGGAUGAUGUCUUCUUGAAAAAGAUCGAGAGCAACAUGUUGACCGAAAUGGCACUUCGGGGCAUUCCUGAUAUCAAUAAAGUUUUUAUCAAGUCAGGAAAGAUAAAUAGGUUUGAUGAAAAUGAAGGCUUCAAACCAGAUGUUGAGUGGAUGCUCGACACUGAAGGCGUUAAUCUUUUGGCUGUUAUGUGCCAUGAAGAUAUUGAUGCAACUAGGACUACAAGCAACCACUUGAUUGAAGUUAUUGAGGUUCUUGGCAUCGAGGCUGUUCGGAGAUCUCUCUUGGAUGAGUUGCGUGUGGUCAUAUCUUUUGAUGGAUCUUAUGUGAAUUACCGUCACUUGGCUAUUCUAUGUGACACAAUGACCUACAGAGGUCACCUAAUGGCCAUCACCCGGCAUGGUAUCAAUAGAAAUGAUACUGGCCCCAUGAUGAGAUGUUCAUUCGAGGAAACUGUUGACAUCCUCCUUGAUGCUGCUGUCUAUGCUGAAGGUGACCACCUUAGAGGAGUUACUGAAAAUAUUAUGCUUGGUCAGCUUGCACCAAUUGGCACAGGUGAUUGUGCACUGUAUUUGAAUGAUCAGAUGUUGCAACAGGCGAUUGAACUCCAACUUCCUAGUUAUAUGGAUGGUGGUUUUGGUGGUCCUGGUGGAUUUGAUUUUGGAAUGACACCAUCUCGAUCACCCAUAUCCGGGACACCAUAUCAUGAAGGAAUGAUGUCUCCAAGUUACUUGCUGAGCCCAAAUAUUCGUGCUUCACCGAUUACAGAUGCUCAGUUUUCUCCUUAUGUUGGUGGAAUGGCUUUCUCCCCCAGUUCAUCUCCAGGUUACAGUCCAUCAUCUCCAGGCUACAGUCCAUCAUCUCCGGGAUACAGUCCUACUUCUCCAGGUUAUAGCCCUACUUCUCCAGGAUACAGCCCUACAUCUCCCGGUUAUAGUCCCACUUCUCCGACCUACAGUCCUAGCUCUCCUGGAUAUAGUCCUACAAGUCCUGCUUACUCUCCGACAAGUCCAUCAUAUUCGCCAACUUCUCCCAGCUACAGCCCGACCUCUCCCAGUUAUAGCCCUACAUCUCCUACUUAUAGUCCUACUUCCCCCAGUUACAGCCCAACUUCCCCCAGUUACAGUCCUACUUCGCCAAGCUACAGCCCUACUUCUCCAGUUUACAGUCCGACUUCCCCAGCCUACAGUCCAACAUCUCCUGCCUACAGCCCAACCUCACCAUCCUAUAGUCCAACAUCACCUUCCUAUAGUCCGACAUCACCUUCAUAUAGCCCAACAUCACCUUCAUAUAGCCCGACUUCACCAUCAUACAGUCCUACCUCACCUGCCUAUAGCCCAACUUCUCCGGGAUACAGUCCAACAUCUCCUAGCUAUAGUCCUACAUCCCCAAGUUAUAGCCCCACAUCUCCAAGUUACAAUCCUGCCUCAGCAAAGUACAGUCCUUCGCUUGCUUAUUCUCCAAGCAGUCCAAGGCUGUCACCAUCCAGUCCAUACGGUCAAUCAUCUCCAAAUUACAGCCCAUUUAACUCCCGUUCUGGUCCAGAUUACAGCCCAAGUUCUCCACAGUACAGUCCGAGUGCAGGCUACUCGCCAACGUCACCGGGUUACUCCCCAUCAUCCACCAGUCAGUAUACUCCACAGAUGAGCAACGAGGAUGAGGAAAGUACCCGCUGAUCUUUGCGUUGUUGAUUCAUCAUCAGAGUGCAAGAAUCUCUUGACGUAAAGGUUCGAAUGCUGGACUAGGACUACGAGAUGCCUGAUGCCAUGGCAUGGUGUUUCGGACUAUGAUCUUGUCGCCUGGUUUACUUGUUUGUUUUAGAUCACAAGUGAAUAAAUAGUUAGGUAUCCAUAGGUGUGUUUGUAACCUCAAGACUCCCCCCGUGAACAACACUGGCUGAUAGAGAUGUCUAUGGUAUCGGAAAACAGUUCCGUGGAAUGUGAUUAAGCCUAAAAUGACAAACGGGUUUUGGUUAUUAUAUACGUUUCAUUAGAUUAGGUGUUUGAUAUAUACAUUUGGAAUGACAUGGAUGUAGACAAAACUAAAUUACUUUGGAUGAAUGAUCGCUUGACUUGGAUGACAAAA